UCGCGAGUCGGAAAAUUGAGAACUUUACAGAUUGAGAGAUUCUUUUAUUGUUGUACGAAUUGCUAGCCGAACCGGUCGGACUUUUGAAUUUUAAGUAGAGCGAGUAGCUCGGAAAUUCUUUUAUACGUAUUAUUAGACGGAUAAACGACGCUACCUGUGGAUCGGAUAAUUCGCUACAUAGUUAAUAAAACAAAAACUGUGUUAACUACGCAGAUAAAACAAACGGCUGUGUUAUCAGCAGCAACCGAUUCUCGGGAACAAAUAACGAACAAGUGAUACGGAAAUGACUUGGGGAUUUGUGACCUGCGGCCCCAAUGAGGCUCUAGUUGUCUCUGGGUGCUGCUAUAUGAAGCCGCUUUUGGUGCCGGGAGGCCGAGCAUUCGUUUGGCCAGUGGGUCAGCAAGUUCAGCGAAUUUCGUUGAACACGAUGACCCUGCAGGUGGAGAGUCCUUGCGUGUACACCAGCCAAGGAGUUCCAAUCUCAGUGACGGGCAUUGCACAGGUGAAGGUCCAGGGUCAGAACGAGGACAUGCUGCUGACCGCCUGCGAGCAGUUCUUGGGCAAAUCAGAGGCAGAGAUCAACCACAUCGCCUUGGUCACCCUGGAGGGACAUCAGCGCGCUAUUAUGGGUUCGAUGACCGUGGAGGAGAUCUACAAGGACCGCAAGAAGUUCAGCAAGCAGGUGUUUGAGGUGGCCUCCAGCGAUUUGGCCAACAUGGGAAUAACCGUGGUUUCCUACACCAUCAAGGAUUUGCGCGAUGAGGAGGGCUACCUGCGGUCAUUGGGUAUGGCACGCACGGCGGAGGUGAAGCGUGAUGCCCGCAUUGGCGAGGCUGAGGCCCGCGCUGAGGCCCACAUUAAGGAGGCCAUUGCUGAGGAGCAGCGCAUGGCCGCACGGUUUCUAAACGACACCGAUAUUGCCAAGGCGCAGCGCGACUUCGAGCUGAAGAAGGCCGCCUACGAUGUGGAAGUGCAGACCAAAAAGGCCGAGGCCGAGAUGGCCUACGAGUUGCAGGCGGCCAAGACCAAGCAGCGCAUCAAGGAGGAGCAGAUGCAGGUGAAGGUGAUCGAGCGCACACAGGAGAUUGCCGUCCAGGAGCAGGAGAUCAUGCGCCGCGAGCAAGAGCUGGAGGCCACCAUUCGCCGACCGGCCGAGGCAGAGAAGUUCCGCAUCGAGAAGUUGGCCGAGGCCAACAAGCAGCGCGUGGUCAUGGAGGCCGAGGCGGAGGCCGAAUCGAUCAGGAUCCGUGGUGAGGCGGAGGCCUUUGCCAUUGCGGCCAAGGCUAAAGCAGAGGCCGAGCAGAUGGCCAUGAAGGCAGAGGCCUACCGCGAGUACCGCGAGGCUGCCAUGGUGGAGAUGCUCCUGGACACACUGCCAAAGGUGGCCGCCGAGGUGGCUGCUCCACUAUCGCAGGCUAAGAAGAUCACGAUGGUGUCCAGCGGAACUGGCGAUAUCGGUGCUGCCAAACUGACCGGCGAGGUUCUCUCGAUCGUCAACAAAGUGCCAGAGCUGGUCAAGAACAUAACCGGCGUGGACAUUGCUCGGUCUGUGCAUGCUGGCUAAAAAGUACCCAAAAGAAUACCAAAAACACAAAAUUAUGUACUCUUCAAAAAUAAAAAAAGAAAACAAAAAAAGAAAUAACGCAAUCUUGAACGAUCGAAUACUUCAAAACUGAAAUCGAACGCAUUUAAAUUUCUUUAUAAUUAAUAUAUUAUUGAAUCUUUGUGCUAACCCGACAAAUUUUGCAACAUGUUUUACACACACACUCAGAGAGGAGCAAAAAUAUUUUGUAUUACAUGUAUAAUGUAUUUAUAUAAGUGUAUUGCACAAAGCGUGGAAUAAAUAUUCUUCCUUGGAUCAACAAA